AAUUUUUGAUUAAAAAUUAGGCGAUGAGGCAAACUAUUUGCUUUCGGGUUGUCAGUUCACUUUUAUCUACCAAGAUGAGAAGUCAUACGUACUAUGAGUCUAUGGGAGCGGCCAGAAUCAUGGCCCAAAUUAUUGAUGGGAAAGCCCUGGCUAAAGAAAUAAAAGAUGAAUUGAAAACUAAAAUUCAAAGCUACAUAAACUUAGGCAACCGUGCACCGUCCCUACGCUGUAUAAUAGUUGGUGAAGAUCCCGCAAGUCAUACAUAUGUCAGAAAUAAAAUACAAGCUGCAAUAGACGUUGGAAUUGAUGCUACGACAUUAAAAUAUGAUGGAACGUUGAGUGAAGAUGAAUUGAUUGCAGCGAUUAAUUCUUUAAAUACCGAUAAUAAUGUUGAUGGAAUUCUUGUACAAUUACCAUUGCCGGGAAAAAUGGAUGAAAGGAAAGUAUGCAAUACAGUUGCACCGGAAAAAGAUGUUGAUGGUUUUCAUAUAACCAAUGUUGGACAACUUUGUCUUGAUAUGCCAACAUUUGUGCCGGCUACUGCCCUUGCUGUUGUGGAGAUUUUAAAAAGGUAUAAAAUAGAUACAUUCGGUCGGAAUGCAGUUGUAGUGGGUCGUUCGAAGAAUGUAGGAAUGCCGAUCGCUAUGAUGCUCCACAGCGAUGGUAAACAUGACAGUAAAUUGGGCAUGGACGCGACCGUGACUGUGUGCCAUCGAUAUACUCCAGCGGAACAGCUGGAGUUCUUCUGUCGUAAUGCAGACAUUAUUAUAACUGCUACUGGUGUUCCUAAAUUGAUAAAGGCAACAAUGAUAAAGCCCGGCGCUACAAUUAUAGAUGUAGGAAUCACAAGAAUUACGGAUGAACAAGGGAAGACGAAACUUGUUGGUGACGUUGAUUAUGAAGAGGUUAGUAAAAUAGCUGGAGCGAUAACCCCGGUUCCUGGUGGCGUUGGUCCUAUGACAGUCGCGAUGUUAAUGCACAACACGCUUCAAGCCGCUCAGAGGCUCGCGAGAAAAAAUUAAACACGUUUAUACCUACGUGACCUAUCUAGAUUAUCUAAUCAAAAAAAGAUUAGUUAUUUUAUCUCGAAUAUGUUGAAAUCUUAAUUCAGAUUAUGUAUUUAUUUCAUAAUAUGUCUAUUUCAAAAUUGUUUGGUUAAUUUUUAUUUGCACAAGAGUAGAAAAACUCUAAUCAAG